CUGUGCAUGGAUGUGUGUGUGAGUGUAUGUUUCUGUGUGUGUGUGUGUGUGUGUGUGUGCAAGUGUAGGUUGUGUAUGUGUGUAAACUGCCUCCUCUCGAGCUUGUGACGAUUGACUGCCACCGAGUCUGACGGUGAACAAACGGGAUUACAAAAAAAAACAAAAAAACUCCGGGAGCACCGUAACACGGCGAUACUCUUUGUGUGUCCUGUCCUGUCCGAGGUAGCAGCGGGUCGGUCCGAUACGAUGAGCCAGUCUCGGCCGGACGAGUUCAAGCCUCCUCCGGAGUGCCCGGUCUUCGAGCCAAGCUGGGAAGAAUUUAGAGAUCCAUAUGCCUUUAUCAAUAAGAUCCGUCCCAUUGCCGAAAAAACUGGCAUCUGCAAAGUCCGCCCGCCUCCGGGUUGGCAACCUCCGUUUGCUUGUGAUGUGGACAGACUUCACUUUGUUCCACGGAUCCAGAGGCUCAAUGAACUGGAGGCACAGACCAGAGUCAAGCUCAACUUCUUGGACCAGAUUGCCAAAUUCUGGGAUUUGCAGGGAUGUGUCUUGAAGAUUCCUCACGUGGAGAGGAAGAUUUUGGAUUUAUAUAAGCUAAAUAAGCUGGUAGCAGAUGAGGGUGGAUUUGACAUUGUCUGUCAGGACAGGCGAUGGACCAAGAUUGCAAUGCAUAUGGGUUUCGCCCCUGGCAAAGCUGUCGGCUCACACCUGCGAGGGCAUUAUGAGAAAAUUCUCUAUCCGUACAAUCUGUUUCAGAGUGGAGCAAACCUGCUGGCACCAGAGCCAGCUUCCAAACUGAUGCGUUUGGAUGCUGAUCCUGAACUUGAAAAGUGUGUUCAAAAGCCAGUCCAGCCAGUGGAGAGCACCAAAAGCACAGAGAGCAUGGACACCAAGGAGCCCAAGCUGCAGGACCAGGCUCAGAGGCAGACUGCCCAGACGCCCGACACUGGCCCCACUGCUCGCAGAGCCAAGCGCAUCAAGUGUGAGGCCAUUUGUGUGAAGACUGAACCAGGUGAGCCCGGCGACAACAGGCCGAACCUGAGGCGGAGGAUGGGUUCUUUUGUCGCCAAGCAAGAACCAGAGAAAGAGAUUCCUAUUCCAGUGAAACAGGAACCAGUUGAAAGUAAAGAACCAAUAAUUGAAGCUGACAAAUCCAAGUCACGGUACAAGAAAAUCACCCCCCCUGUCCUUCCGAGUCCAGUGGAUCUGGUUGUGUGUCUGGUGUGUGGCAGCGGGGGAGAUGAAGAACGUCUGUUGCUGUGUGACGGCUGUGACGACAGCUACCACACCUUCUGCCUGAUCCCUCCACUACCCGACAUCCCCAAAGGAGACUGGAGGUGCCCCAAGUGUCUUGCUCAGGAAUGCAACAAACCUCACGAGGCAUUCGGCUUUGAACAAGCAUACAGAGACUAUUCCCUGCGUGCAUUUGGGCAGAUGGCUGAUGCAUUCAAAUCCGAUUACUUCAACAUGCCAGUUCAUAUGGUACCCACAGAGCUGGUGGAGAAAGAGUUCUGGCGUUUGGUGGGAGCCAUCGAAGAGGACGUUACUGUAGAAUAUGGAGCAGAUAUUGCCUCAAAGGAGUUUGGGAGCGGAUUCCCCAUUCCGAAGGGAAAAUUUAAGGUUUCCCCAGCUGAUGAGAAAUACCUUAAGUGUGGCUGGAACCUCAACAACCUGGCGAUGAUGAACCCUUCCGUACUGACUCAUGUGACGGCUGACAUCUGUGGGAUGACGCUGCCAUGGCUUUAUGUCGGCAUGUGCUUCUCUUCCUUCUGCUGGCACAUUGAGGAUCACUGGAGCUACUCCAUCAACUACCUGCACUGGGGGGAACCCAAAACCUGGUACGGAGCUCCUGGUUUUGCAGCAGAACAGCUGGAGGAGGUGAUGAGGAAACUGGCCCCGGAGCUGUUUGAGUCUCAGCCUGACCUGCUGCACCAGCUGGUCACCAUCAUGAACCCCAACACCCUCAUGGCCCACGGAGUUCCAAUUUACAGAACAAACCAGUGCGCUGGCGAGUUUGUCAUCACGUUUCCUAGAGCCUACCACAGUGGCUUCAAUCAGGGCUUCAACUUCGCUGAGGCGGUCAACUUCUGCACUGUGGACUGGAUGCCUCUUGGCCGGCAGUGCGUUGACCACUAUCGUACGCUGCACCGGUACAAUGUGUUCUCCCAUGAUGAGAUGGUGUGCAACAUGGCCACGAAAGCCGACACGCUCGAUGUGGUUUUGGCAUCAGCUGUCCACAAGGACAUGGUCGCGAUGAUCCAAGAAGAGCAGACACAGAGAGAGAAAGUUAAGAAAAUGGGGUUGUUUCAUCAGAAGGAGGCAAAAUACGAUCACCUCCAGGAUGACGAGCGGCAGUGUGCCAAGUGCAGGACCACCUGCUACCUGUCUGCCGUCACCUGUCCCUGCAGCCCAGGAGUACUGGUGUGUCUGCACCACAUCCACGACCUGUGCUCCUGCCCCGCCACCAACUACACACUGAAUUACAGAUACACACUGGAUGAGCUGUUCCCCAUGAUGAUUGCUGUGAAGCAGCGGGCUGAACUGUAUGAUGAAUGGGCCUCCCUCGUGACAGAGACUCUCGAGGCUAAACUGGAAAAGAAGAAAGGCCUGCCAGUCUUUCGCUCCCUUCUUGCCCAGUCAGAGUCCAAGCUGUUCCCUGACAACGACCUGCUGCGUCGGCUACGUCUGGUCACACAAGAUGCAGAGAAGUGUUCCUCAGUGGCACAGCAGUUAUUGAAUGGCAAGAGGCAGACCAGGUAUCGGUGUGGUAGUGGGAAAUCAUGCAGCCAGCUGACUGUGGAGGAGCUGAGUUCAUUUGUGAGGCAGCUGUAUAACCUCUCCUGCAGUCUUCCUCAAGCCCCCAUGUUGAAGGAACUCUUGAAUCGCAUCGAAGACUUCCAGCAGCACAGUGAGAAGGUCCUGACAGACGAAGUUCCCAGCGUCGCUGAGAUCCAGAGCCUGUUAGACGUCAGCUUCGACUUUGACGUGGAGCUGCCUGAGCUGCCCCGCCUGAGAGUGAGGCUGGAGCAGGCCCGCUGGCUGGAGGGGGUGCAGCAGGCCAGCGCUCAGCCCGCCACCCUGACCCUGGAGACCAUGAGGAGGCUCAUCGACCAGGGAGUCGGCCUGGCCCCUCAUCCGUCUGUGGAGAAAGCCAUGGCACGCCUGCAGGAGCUGCUCACUGUGUCCGAGCAUUGGGAGGACAAGGCCAGCAAUCUCCUUAAAGCCAGACCACCACACUCCAUAGAGACCCUUAGUGCUGCUGCUGAGAAGGCGUCCGGCAUCCCCGCUUACCUCUCAAACUGUCUCCUCCUGAAAGACACCAUCAGAAAAGCCAGAGAGUGGCUCCAAGAAGCUGAGGAGCUUCAGGCCAGUGGUUGCACACCGAUGAUUGACAGCCUCUCUGACAUGGUGCUACGAGGACAAGCCAUUCAAGUCCACCUGGAGCCUCUAGACAGGCUGGAGUCUUUAAUGGUAGAAGUGCAAGAGUGGAAAGAAUCUGUUGCUACAACUUUCCUUCCGAGAGACUCAACCCUUACCUUACUGGAGGUCCUGUGUCCAAGAUGUGAAGUUGAAAAUGUAGGUUCUCCAAAAAGGAAGGCCAAGAAAGGGAAAGAAUCGCCGAAAAGUAACAAAAAGAAAACGCCAAGGCUCAACACUCUCAGUGAUGUGGAAAAAGCUCUUUCAGAGACCAGGGAUUCUACCUCUGCAAUGGCAACUCUGGAGGAGCUGCGGUCGAGGGAGAUGGAGGCUUUCUCUAAUCUCAGGGCAGCAAAUGAGUCAAAGCUCCUUCCCACAGCAGACUGCAUGGACCUGAAGGUGUGUGUCUGUCAGAAGGCGCCCAUGGGUGCGAUGUUACAGUGUGAACUCUGCAGGGAUGCUUUCCACAGCGUGUGUGUCCGAGACCCGUCAGACUCCUGCGAAACACAGCCGUGGCUCUGUCCGCAGUGCCAGCGAUCAGAAAAGCCCCCCUUGAACAAAGUGGUCUCUCUGCUAUCAUCUCUGCGGCGCAUUGGGGUGCGCCUGCCAGAGGGCGAUGCACUGCACUAUCUGGUCGAGAGGACAGUUAACUGGCAGCACCGAGCACAGGAGUCUUGUAACCUCCCCGAACUGGAAGAGAGACCAGGAACUCCUCCCACCUUAACCCGCUGGGCAUCAGGCAGCCAUGACACUCACAACAACACUCAGGCUCCUUGUUUGACUCCCGAGUGGAAUAGGACAAGCCAUGCUCAGACAGUCUUCUACACCGAGCAGAGAUGCAUCCCGCUGCAGGGCCUGAGUCAGGAUCUGGAGGAGCUGAUAGUGGAGGGACUCCUGCUGCAGGUGUGUCUGCCAGAGGUCCAGAGCCUCUUUCACGUUUUAUUGGACAGAGCCAGCAGCCAGCACACAAACAGAUGCAUGUCGCCACCACAGGACGAGUCCACAGACUGUGACAAACACAUGCAGUUUAACUCUCAGGGAAAUAAUCUGCCGAUGAACCAGGAUGGUGUCACUGGUGUGCGGGAAACUACGAUUGGCUCAGAAAAGAAAGCAAAGCGGCAUCUGGAGAGGGAAGGAUUAGAUGCAGAGCGUAGGGUGGACAAAAAGCACUCUCACAAAAGACAGAAGAUGAAUAAAAAGAGGCCGGCCUCGACCUCGUCCUCUCCCCGCUCUGAUUUCUCCCAGUCGGACUCUGAUGAGGAAAUGGCCGUGUGUCCGGCAGAGAGGUGUCAGCUGCCAGAGGGAGAUGAGGUGGAUUGGGUCCAGUGUGACGGCAGCUGUAACCAAUGGUUCCACCAAGUCUGCGUCGGCGUUACGGCCGAGAUGGCAGAGAAGGAGGACUACAUUUGUGUCAGGUGUACGCUGAAUGAUGGACAAAUGAGGAAAUGAAGAGAAAGUAGAGAUUUUUCUGAUGGAUGGCUGAAGAGGUCUCUCCGUCAUCAGUCCGUUUAAUCAAGCCACCAGUCUGGAUGUGUCAUUGAUCCUGUCCCCCCUCCUCUUCGUCAUGUCUGUCCGACCCUUUUGUAACAACGGUGCUAUCUCCUCUUUGACUUGUUGUCUGGAACUAUAAUGUUUAGUUAUUUUUUUGUAUUUUUACAUAUAUAUAUAUAUAUAUAUAUAUAUAUAUAUUUCUUUCUUCUUAUGAACUGUUUGUGGUUGUCAAAAUGAAAAAGAAAAAAGUGUGCUGCAUGGGUUUCCAUUACUUUGGCGCAAAAGGAGUCUCCCAACAGUAAAGACGGUUAAUCAAGGGUUAAUAUUAUCUUCUCUGGAACCUCCUUGCAUGUUAAACCAGAGCGCCCCAUUAUUAUUACUAUUCUUUUUUUGAAAUCCAGUGCUUAGUACAUGCAUCUUCAUAUAAUUAUUCCCACUUUUUUUUUUGGAAAAUAGGUUUAUUUAUGUGAGCAAUAAUUUUUGUCUGAAUCGACUUCAAUGGUUUGAUCUCCGCUGAGUUGCGUUGGUGCUUUAGUGAUGGUGUGAUGUACAGGUCGCAAAUGGAUGGAUUACAUCUGUGGAGUGGCGACAUAGCUCUGCUGACAUGUUCCCACCACAGCAUGUAACCCAGCAUAGGCUACUAUGUGGAGGACUUGGGGGAGGUAGCGGAAGAUGUUACAAGUUUAUAUUGUGGAAUAAAGCCCUUUUUGUUCUAUGGAGAAGUCUCAUCACUUCACUUGAACACAUGGAAGAAAGAAACCACUAGAUGUCCUCGUAAACAUGAUUCAUAAGGGAACACCAUUCAGAGUUUAGCACAUUUAUUGUUCUUUAUAUGUAUGUAUUGUACAUUUACACCAAUUAUUUUUAGCGUCUUUGUUGGUAACCAAGUGUCGAAAACACACAAAUAAAAAUACAUUGGCUGUGAGCUUAAA